CCCGAAUUCCGACCGCGAUUAGCAUCAUCGGACUCGGAGCGCAAGUGAGCGACUACUGACUCUUGCUGGCACUCUAGUAGUAUCACCACACAUAUAUCGUCCAAAACUUCGAUAUGGGUUCCAAAGGUCCAUCUCAAGCAGAAAUCCUCCUCCGAGUGACUUCCUCAAUCGCAGCGGAAUUGAUAAAGGCACACGAUUCAAAAGAAAGCGUGUCCCUGAAUGAAUUGAGGGCGAAGCUUUCGAAGAAAUAUGGAUAUGGGGGUGUUCCCAGACUUGUCGAUAUCAUUAGCGCAAUCCCUGAUGAGUACAAGAAAGCGUUACUACCAAAGCUACGUGCCCGACCUAUUCGGACGGCGAGUGGGAUUGCUGUAGUAGCAGUGAUGUGCAAGCCUCAUCGGUGUCCCCACAUCGCAAUGACCGGGAACAUUUGUGUUUACUGCCCGGGGGGUCCCGAUUCAGAUUUUGAUUACAGUACACAAAGUUAUACUGGAUAUGAACCAACGAGUAUGCGUGCCAUUCGGGCACGAUAUGACCCGUACGAGCAGACUCGUAAUCGCGUUGAACAGCUGAAGGCAUUGGGUCACAGUGUUGACAAGGUCGAGUUUAUUGUCAUGGGUGGAACAUUCAUGAGCAUGCCCGAGGAUUACCGGGCGAAGUUUAUCGCUCAACUACAUAAUGCGUUAUCGGGGUUCACGGGCCUUGAUGUCGACGAAGCAGUUCGUUACUCGGAACAAAGCAAAUCAAAGGCCAUCGGUAUAACUAUCGAGACCCGCCCAGACUACUGCCUCCGACCGCAUCUCAGCCAAAUGCUUCGAUAUGGCUGCACCCGACUGGAAAUCGGUGUACAGUCGGUUUACGAAGACGUUGCCCGAGACACCAACCGCGGCCACACAGUCCGCGCCGUUUCUGAAUCUUUUCACCUUGCAAAAGACGCUGGCUUCAAGGUCGUAGCCCAUAUGAUGCCCGACCUCCCAAACGUCGGAGUCGAGCGCGAUCUCGAGCAAUUCAAAGAAUUUUUCGAAAACCCGGCGUUCCGGAGUGAUGGUUUGAAAAUCUAUCCAACACUUGUCAUCCGCGGGACAGGUCUUUAUGAAUUAUGGAGAACCGGAAGGUACAAGAACUACACACCAAAUGUUCUGGUCGAUGUUGUUGCUAGGAUACUUGCCCUUGUCCCGCCAUGGACUCGAGUCUAUCGAGUGCAAAGAGAUAUACCGCUCCCUUUAGUCACGAGCGGCUGUGAGAACUCGGGAAAUUUGCGAGAACUUGCGCUCAAUCGCAUGAAAGACUUUGGUGCUGAGUGCCGAGACGUGCGGUUCCGAGAAGUCGGGAUUCACGAAAUCCACCAUAAAGUGCGACCGGAAUCGGUGGAACUAAUCCGCCGAGACUACACUGCAAAUGGAGGUUGGGAAACUUUCUUGUCCUACGAGGACCCCGAACGAGAUAUCCUCAUUGGGCUUCUACGACUUCGGAAGUGUUCAGAAGAAGGGACAUUCAGGCCGGAACUUGUCCGAAAGGAAGGUGCGGCUGGUGGUUCAAGUAUAGUACGGGAGCUGCAUGUGUAUGGGACGGCGGUACCGGUCCAUGGUCGUGACCCGACAAAGUUCCAACACCAAGGGUUUGGGACGCUGCUCAUGGAAGAGGCAGAGCGCAUAGCAAGGGAGGAACAUGAUAGCGUGAAGCUUGCUGUCAUAUCAGGGGUGGGUACACGAGACUACUAUCGCAAGCUCGGAUACGAGCUCGACGGACCCUAUAUGAGCAAGUCACUCGUAUAGUACCGUUCCUGCAUAGUAUA